UGACGUCAGCUCCUUUUAGAGAACAGGAAGUGUGUGCGACCGUCUAAGCAGCAGAUCCAGCCUUACCUACUUUCACCAUGUCGGAGACCAGUGGAGCGCUGUUCCGAUUAAAGCGGCAGCUGGAGUACAGUAACUUCCAGGCGGAGCAGUACGUGAAGCUUCUGUCUCAGCAGUCGGACGGAGACCGCGACCUGCAGGAGCACAGGCAGCGUAUACAGGGCCUGGCGGAUGAGACUGCUCAGAGCCUGAAGCGCAAUGUCUACCAGAACUAUCGCCAAUUCAUCGAGACCGCCAAAGAGAUCAGCUACCUGGAGGGGGAGAUGUACCAGCUGAGUCACAUCCUCACCGAGCAGAAAGGCAUCAUGGAGAGCGUGGCGCAGACUUUACUUCACUGCGACCGCUCCGAGGCUGCCCGGGAGCUGAAGGCUGCUUUCCAUGAGGAGGCCGAAGAGGGCAAGACCAGAAACCUGACCACUUUGUUAGAGAAGGUGGAGGGCUGCCAGAAUCUACUGGAGACACCUGGCAGGUAUUUACUGUAUAACGGUGACCUAACGGAGUUUGAUGUGGAUAACAUGGUGCUUAUCCAAAAAGUGCACACGUUUUUGAUGAACGAUUGCCUACUUAUAGCUACUACUUUGCCAAAUCGUAGAGGAAUGUACAAAUUUAAUGCUUUAUAUAAUCUGGAUGACCUUGCUGUCGUCAAUGUGAAGGAAAAUCCUCCUAUGAAAAAUAUGUUUAAGAUCCUGAUGUUUCCUGAGAGCCGAAUUUUUCAGGCAGAGAAUGCAAAAAUCAAGAAAGAAUGGCUGGAUAUUUUAGAGGAGACAAAAAAGAAUAACAUUUUGAUUGAGAAAUGUAAAAAAGAAGAUCUUCUCAGCUCUCCUACCAUGGUAAAUGUAUCGGGUAACACUUCCUCAAAUGAAAAAAAAACAAUUAAAGAGGAAAAGGAGGAAAAGAUUAAUCUGUCUUUGGAAUGGAUCCAAGAGCUCCCUGACAAUUUGGAUGUCUGCAUUGCACAGAGAAAUUUUGAAGGAGCUGUCGAUUUGUUGGCUAAGCUAAAUAGUUAUUUACAGGAUAAACCAUCAACCUAUGCUGUGCAGGACUUGAGGGCAAAAGUAGACCCCCGUGUAAGGCACUUAACUGAUGUUUUGGUGUUUGAGCUUUCCCCAGACCGGUCAUUACGUGGAGGUCCAAAAGCAACACGCAGGGCUGUUUCUCAACUUGUACGCCUAGGACAGUCCACAAAAGCAUGUGGACUAUUUUUGCAAAAUAGAGCCGCGGCAGUGCAGACUGCAAUACGUCAACUGAGAAUAGAGGGAGCAACUUUACUCUAUGUACAUAAACUUUGCAAUGUUUUCUUUACCAGCUUACUUGAAACAGCUAAAGAGUUUGAGAUGGAUUUUUCUGGCAACAGUGGCUGCUACUCAGCAUUUAUUGUUUGGUCCUGUUCUGCCUUAAAAAUGUUUGUUGAUGCUUUUAGCAAACAGGUGUUUGAUAGUAAAGAAAACCUUUCUACUGCAGCAGAAUGUGUAAAAGUUGCAAAAGAACAUUGUAAGCAUAUGUCUGAAAUUGGCUUGGAUCUGACUUUUAUCUUGCAUACCUUUCUAGUGAAAGAUCUAAAAGCAGUUUUGCAAAGCAACAAAGAUAUUAUUAUUGAGGCCACAAAACAUCGUAAUUCUGAAGAAAUGUGGAGAAAAAUGAACCUUAUGACACCAGAAGCAUUAGGAAAGUUAAGGGAAGAGUUGCAAAAUUGCGGUGUAUGCAAUUUUGAACAGUAUAUAGGAGAAGACUGUUGGGUUAAUAUCAGUUACACAAUUGUUGCCUUCACUAAACAAAUUAUGUUCUUUUUGGAAGAAGCACUUAAGUUAUACUUUCCUGAACUGCAUAUGGUGCUUCUGGAGAGCCUAAUAGAAAUAAUACUGGUGGCUGUUCAGCACGUAGACUAUAGUCUGAGAUGUGAGCAGGACCUUGAAAAGAGAGCUUUUAUAAGGCAAAAUGCUUCUUUUUUAUAUGACAUUGUUCUUCCUGUGGUAGAGAAACGAUUUGAAGAAGGGGUUGGGAAGCCUGCUAAACAAUUGCAGGAUCUGCGAAAUAUAUCUAGAUUGGUUAGAGUUAACCCUGGUACAACAUCCAUUGUAUAAUAUAUUUUGUUCCCUAAUACACUGCACUUUCUAAGCUUUAAAUGAGUAGUCCCAUGUAGCAAAAUGUAUCCCCUAUCCAAAGCAUAGUGGAUAAAUAUCUCACCUCUAUGGAAGAGCCGGAGAUACAUGAGCACACCGCUGAUGCAUCUCCAGCCCUUCCAUAGAGAUGCAUGGAGAGGACGGGUCAACCCCUGCUCUGUGCGGAAGAAGCACCAUAUUGGAGAUUACGGGGGGUUCCAGCAUUUCGAGCUAGGGGAUAAUUUGUCCUACAUGGGACUAAUAAAAAAAAUAAUUAUAUAUAUAUAUAUAUAUAUAAUGUGUGUAUAAUGUAUGUGAUCAUUUGUAUUUUGACACUUAUUUUAACUGUAACUUUACUUAAUGAGUAACCACAAUAUAUCCAACCUAAAGGGGAAGUCUUAUCUGAGACACUUAUGGCAUCUUUAAGGCCUUCCCUCAGCCUACUUGUGGUUGGAUAGCUGAAAACACACAGGCUUUUAUUUCUUUUUCUUUUUUUUAUGCAAUUUGCGUAACCUCAGGAGUCGCGUAAACAGCACAGUACUGUUUAUGCAACUCCUAAUUAAGUCAAUGGAAGUUACACAAAUGACAACAUAGCAGGCUUGGUUGUUUUUGGCUUCCUUACCCCUGCUGACAGGUCAGAGGGGGCUGAGAAGCAGAUGGGAGUGCUCCUUCAAAGAAGACUUGUAAGAUCUCCUGACGUCUCUUAUCAAAUGACUCCUAUAUCAGAUGAAAUAACAAUUCUAAAGCACUUUCUCUAACACCUUGGCAUUAUCCCAUUCCACUUUUUUUUCCAUUUCUCCUGGAAAUAUGUGAGUAAAUUAAAAACUGUUAUCAUUCAGUCAGUAGGGUGUGUAUGGAUAGUAGAUAGACCCAUUGACACCCGGUGUCAAUUUAUACAUCAUACAUUUUCAAGGAAAUUACAAGGGAAUUGAAUGAGGUUGUGUCCAUAAAGAGAGAAAAAAAUAAACAGCAUUUUGCUUCUAAACAAAGCAAGAAUUUUCAGAGUUUUUAAGUUCCUUGUAUAGAUAUCUAAAUUUCAGGGUGGAAAAUCUGCACCUGAAAAAAAAAUUAAAAAUCUACUGCUAAGUGUACAAUGUUUCAUAGCAGAAUUUGACUCCCCCCCCCCCCCCCCUUCCUCUAUAUCAAAACUGAAGGGAAAAUCAUGUAAUUUCUAGUGUAUCCAUACUAUAAAUCUAUAAGCUGAUUUUUCCUUCAGCACAGAAUUGAAAUUGGUUAAUGGCAUUCGCUUAGCUGAUACUGAAAUACAGAAGUCCACAAAUCCCUAGCCCAAAAAGCUGUUUAAUAUCUGCCAUGUGUGAACAUACAAGAACAUAAGGGAGCAGAAUAUUGAACUGACAUAAAUCUCUCUAGGAAUCCUAUACCUGAAGAUAUUUAAAGGGGUUCUUCCAUUUUAAAAACGUACCCCCUAUCCUUAGAUUACGGGAUAACAAGUUAAUUGAGGGUUCAACUGCUGGGACAUCCGCAGAUCACAAAAUCAGAGACAAAAGUGUCCUUGUAAUAAAUGUGCACAUUGCAACGAACACUCCAUUUUUUUGUUGUGGGGCCACUGAUUGGUGGUCCCAUAGAGAUUAAUGGUGUGCUUGUUACUAAUGCACAAUGCUCACCAUUCCUUAUGGGGCCAAUUCUUCAUGUUCUUGAGUUCAAUGAGGGCCCAAAUGGUCGCACACACCACUGAUUACCUUAUUGCCUAUUCUAUGGAUACAGGGUAACUUGUUAGAAUAAGUAUACUCCUUUUAAGUGAAAAAUGUGUACUCUUAAAAGACCCUUUUUUAUCAUUAAUAUCCCUGCAUUUACUUUAUACUCUUCAAGAACUUUACAGAAUUGAGGAAGCUUUUAUUACAACUACACUUUAGAACAGUGUUCUUUUGAUGUGCUAAUAAAAUAAUGACCUAUUUAAA